CAACAUAAUAAUAUGAAGGUGCGCAGAUUGUACUACAUUUUUUAUUUUAAUACUGAAAUGGCAGGACUACAAGUAUUCUUAUUUAUUCUAUAAAUUCAAACAUAAGAACAUCUCAAAGAUUUGUACACUUAAUCUUUUAAAAUACAAAAAUGAAGUACCCUUCAAUGCUAAUAUCCUCUCUAAUCUUCUCCCUCCUCAUCUUGCUCGUCAUCGAAUCAACUAUCGCUCAAGAAGUUGAUGAUGAAACAGAAUUUGACUAUAUAAGAGGAAGUGAAAGAGGACCAGAUAAAUGGGGACACAUAAAGGAAGAAUGGGCGACUUGUAAAACGGGUAAAUUACAAUCGCCAAUUGAUUUAUUACAUCGGCGAGUUCAAGUAUUGCCCAGAUCUGAAGAAAUUGUCAAGUUUUAUAGGGCUGGUAAUGCUACCGUCAAAAACAGGGGACAUGAUAUUAUGAUUGAGUGGGAGGAUGGACACAGUACAAUUGAGAUGAAUGGCACUACUUAUAUCCUUAGGCAAUGCCAUUGGCACUCCCCAUCAGAGCAUACUAUUAAUGGCAUUAGGUUUGCUGCAGAGUUGCACUUGGUACAUCAAAGCUUAGAUAACAAGAUUGCUGUUAUUGGACUUCUUUACAAGCUUGGCAAGCCUAAUCUUUUCCUUACAAAGCUAAUGAAAAAACUGGAAUUAGUACCUCAUGCUCUAGACAAGACAAACGCCGGUGAAAUUAAUCCAGGUGAAAUAAAGUUUAGAGGAAAUAAGUAUUACAGAUACAUGGGAUCUUUAACCACUCCUCCUUGUACUGAAGGUGUCAUUUGGACUGUCGAUAAACGGGUUGCCACAAUUUCGGAACAUCAAGUAGCAAUGAUGCGAGAAGUUGUUCAUGACGAUGCGGAGAAAAAUGCAAGACCAGUGCAUCCAAAGAAUGGAAGGAAGAUUCGCCUUUAUACAACAACUAUCAAGAGCCAUAACGGAGAUAAUUAGGAGUAAAUUACCAUUAUUUUUUGGUACAAUAUUUUGUCAUAUUCGGUAUCCAAUUGUUGGGUGUACAUCUAUUGCGAGUAUUAAAAUUACAAAUUGUGCGAGGAUUUAACUCGGCAGAGCUUUCACUUAAACUUUAAAUAAAAAUAAAAUAGUGCAUUAUUUU